AUGGUUGAUGUUGAGAGAGGCAAGAAGACUUUUGUUCAGAGCUGGGCCCAGUGCCACACUGUGGAAAAGGGAGACAAGCAUAAGACUGGACCAAACCUCCAGGUCUGUUUAGGCAGAAGACAGGGCACUGGAUUCUUUUACACGGACACCAACAAGAGUAAGGGCAUCACCUGGACAGGAGAUACCUUGAGGGAAUCCCAGGAAGAACAUCCUUGGAACAACAACAAAACGAUCUUCACCAAAAUUAAAAAGGAAGAAAGGGUAGACCUAACAGCUUAUCUUUAA